AUGUUAAAAUUGGAAAAUUUAUCACUUGUUCCCGAGACAGUUGAUCCGGUUGACGAACGAAUUAUUUAUAGUGUUGAAACAGUUCAAUUUGUGGUUGUAUGCUUCACUGUUCCUUUUUAUAUAACAAUUUUAUUUUAUCUGAUUGUUGCACAAUUUCAAAGAAUUGAUGAGUUGUGCACACCGUUUUUCAAACUUUGUAUUACAACUGCCAUUAUUGAUCUUUGUGAGUUUUCUUUUUUUCCAAAAGUUUUUUGCUCGGAAUACGUGACUUAUUCAAUUCCUAAUAUGUUUUAUAAAUAUUCAUGUUUUGUUGUUAACAAUAAUAAGUUUUCUUGGAUUUUUGAUCGCUUACACCUACACUUGACUAUUAUGUAGUUUUAAAGAAUCAUGAAAAAGUGGAGUAAAAAUGAUACGUUUUGAACUUCGGAGCUUGUUAGAAUAUUUUGAAAAGCUCGGGAGACUCGCGAGAUUUCUGUUACAAUUAAUUUUUCUUUUGAAAAAAUUAUGGCACGAUUCUAUUAAGUUUCCCAGCUAUAAUUUUAAAAGCAGCAAUUACAUUUUUUCAAACAUGUCUGAAUAUUCCAGUCACCCUCUUCACCAAUUAUUGCGGCGCAAUGUUUCCAAAAUGGGGUUGGAAUCUCAAUCUCUACCUAUAUCUCAAUAACUUUUAUAUCCGUCCUUAUUUUUUUCUUGCCUGGUUUUCCGGCGUCGCCCAAGCCAUGUCAGUUUCAAUAAUGGCAACAAAUCGUUUAUCUGCAAUUAUUUUUCCGAAUUUACACUAUUUAUAUUGGUCGGCAAAUCGCAUGAAAAUAGCCUAUUCGCUUCAAUUUAUCCCAGGGUUUCUUAUUGGAUUCUGCACUUAUUUGAGUCCUGCUAAACUUUAUCGAAGUGAAAAAAAUGGAAUUGUUCCCAAACUUGUUGAGUGAGUUUUUGAUUCUGACUUAUUUCAGUGUUUUCAGAGAUUUAACUGUCUUUUAUGUUUUCAGUGAAACUGUAACAUUUUAUCUCUUUGGAUUAUGUGGUGUUUUUAUGAUUGUUGUAUGUACAUAUUUGGUAAUUGCAUAUUGUUAUUUAUUUUAUAUUUUACGAAAAAGUAGUUUGGCUAUGAAAAAUGCAAACUCGAGUUUUACAAAAAAUGCGAAAUCGAAUUCGAAAACGGGAGGCUAAAUUAUUCAUAAUGAGCACAAUUACAGUUGCAAUUCAAAUUGCAGCUCUUUUCUUGCUCAUCAUUUAUAAUUUCUCGAUUGUUGUUAUCUCAAUCGAAGAGUUUUAUCUUUUUUAUAAUGCGAUAAGUGAUAUUUAUUCGGGUAUAAAUCCAUACCUUUUAUGGAUAUUUUCUGAUGUUCUUCGGAAAUAUAUUCUUCAAGAAUUGGGUGUGAAGAAGUCGAAAAAACAAACAAACCAAAGUCAUAUAGCAGGCGGGAACUCGGUGAUAACCAUUUUAUAAUUAUAGAUGUUGAAUAAAGUUUUCAGUUCUUUCUUUUUUAUUUCAGUCUAAAUGUGAGUUGAAUAUGGACAUCAAAGAUCUCGAGUUAGUUGUUACAAAUGCUUCGGCAUUGAUUGUUUCACAAAAAAUCGAAAGUCAAAUUGAAACUUUACAAUUUUGUUUUGUUUGUUUCACAGUUCCAUUUUAUUUUUUAAUCAUGUUUUAUAUCAUAAAAGCACAGUUUGGAAACUUGAAAGAUUUGAAAAGCCCAUUUUUCAAACUGUGUAUUUCUACUGCAAUUGUUGAUAUUUGGACAUUAUUCACUAAUUAUUUUGGAGCUUUGUUUCCUAAAUGGGGAUGGGGAGUAUCGAUUUAUAUAUGGCUUGAACGAAUUGGACUUUAUUCGCAUGUCUAUCUAUAUUUUGCGUGGAGCACAGGUAUGCUAAUUGAGACUACGAUGUAGCCAUAAACUUUUUGGUAUUAAGGUAUAUGUCAAGCAAUUUCGGUUUCCGUUCUUGCUGCAAAUCGUCUUUCUGGAAUUAUUUUCCCAAAUAAAUAUCGUAGUUUUUGGUGUGGAACUCGAUUAAAAAUGGCUAUUUUUAUUCAAUUCGCGAUUGGAUUAUCGAUUGGAAUUUCCACAUUUUUCAAUCCGACGCAAAUUUAUCGAAAUGAAAAAGAUGGAAUUGUUCCAAGAUUUUUGAAGUGAGUAAAUGUGUUUCACAAACUGCAAAUCAAUUUUAUUUUCAGUAAAACAAUGACAAAACAGUUUUUCAUAAUUGGUGGAGUAUUUCUAGUUAUCAAUUGUUUAUUCCUUGUUUUCUCAUAUUGUUAUUUGCUUUUUAUUUUGAGAAAAAGGAACAAUAAACUCUUCGAAGCAAAAGCAAGUAACUUUCAUCGACGAAAUGAGCAAAGAUUAUUCAUGAUGAGCACAAUAAUCGUUGGUAUCCAAUUUAUUGUAUUUCUCUUAUUUUUCAAUAAAGCAGCCAAUAUUAUUCAACUAACUUCAGAAACUUUUUAUCUAUUCUACAACGUGAUAAGCGACUUAUAUUCUGGUGUCAAUCCAUAUUUACUCUGGAUAUUUUCCGAAUCACUUCGAAAAUAUAUUUGCUGUCAACUUGGUCUUCAUAAACUGUCAAGUCCCAUUGUUUCUGUGUUCUCAAUUCAAUAA